AUGCCCAACCGUCGAAAGAAACUGCCAAUACAACCUCUUCAAAAUUUAACCACUUCAUCAGCUGGUUUUUCAUCCGGCGAGGUAGCUACUUUUUCAGAAGCACAUGUGCUGGCUGAAUCUGAUACUGGACAUGGUCGUGAAUUUCCCAACACUUUGGUGGGCAGUAUCUCUAGUAAACGACCAGCUACAGACUCUUACAGUGCUGAAUCGACAAGUGUUGAGCCCGAAUGUUCUAGAGAUGCGAGAUUUUCAGAUUCUACUUUGGCAUCCUCUUCGCCACAUGCAUUCAAAUAUCCGAGAUUAACUACAGCUGGACGUGCUAGACAUUCAGUCGAUAUUGCCACUGCAUCUCGGGGUGAAAGUAGUCAUGAUGACUGCACUCGUCGUACAAAUAUCCAACCCUUUUCAUUAGGAUCAUCUAGUUCAAAUAAUAUCACCACGUCCGCUCCAAUAACAACUGCAGCACUUGUUUCAUUGGAUUCGAGCCAGAAAGACUGCAUUGCUUCCCGUUCGUCACAAUCUAAUCUGCUGUCUACACCCGUUAGCGAGUCGCGUCCGGCACUUGAACGCAUUGUAGAUUCACCAACUGUAAGAAACCAAGCUCGAUAUCAUCUUCGAAUUCCAACAGAUUCAAUCAGUUCUCCCGAUACACCACCACAAAUAGGUCGUGGGACGCGCCCAUUAAGUGGUAGAUCAACCCCUUUAUUUCAAGAAAACAGGACAACUCGCCCAAAUGUCUUUCGGGCUUCGGCAAGUGGAAGAGGUUUACGCACUGGGGUCUUGACAAGCGAAAGACCAACUACAAGCGAUACCAAUCAUAGCCGUAAUAUGCCACGCAACUCAUCUACUAGCGAUUCAUAUCGUAUCAGCACUCCACGAACGCGUGGUACAAGCAGAUCAGUAUCCACACAUCCAUCCUUGAGAGCUUCUACCUCUAGGUCUCCCAUAUCGAUUGAUCUAACACUUGGUUCUCCAACAACGUCUACACAUCCAUCCAUUGAUGCAGAUGAAGAGUUUGCUAGAAGAUUACAAGAGGAAGAAUACAAUGCGAUCCAGUCCAUAAAUAUACAACACAUUCACCGACACAUGAUGGGUUUAGUUUCAGAUGAUAGAGAAGCUAUAUUGGGUGAAGAAGCACCAUACCAAGCAAGUACAGAAGAAAGCGAAGUCAAUAGUGACGAAGAGGAUGAAGGCACCAUGCAUGAAUUUUUGGAAAGAGCGCACCAUGGUUACUAUCACUGGAAUGAUGAGGAUGAACAUGACGAGGAUGAGGAUGAAGAGCAUGGUGAUGAGAUUGAGUAUGCUGAUAGUGAUGCGCUUGAAACUUCAGUGUUUGGUUAUGGCAGAUUGGGUUUGGCAUCAUCUCCUCGAAACUAUUUGAGAGAUGAUGAAUUGGAUGUUUCGUACGAGGGACUAUUGGCACUGAGUUCACGUAUUGGAGAAGUAGUUCAAAAAGGAACACCUACGGAAAUCAUCAUGUCAAUACCAAGUCACCUCUACCAUGUUUCCAAACACCUUCCAAGUGGUGGAGAUAUACCCAAAUGCGCUAUUUGUUUGGAGGAUUAUAUUGAAGGGGAUGUUAUCAAAUGCUUACCUGGAUGUAAUCAUGAAUUACAUGGUAGUUGCGUAUCUAACUGGCUUUUACAAAGUAAACAGUGUCCCAUGUGA